AUGCCCACCGCGGAUAGCAAGGCGUCGAGCGAUACUGUUAGCAUGUUCAAGAGAAACAAGGCUAGCAGCGAAUCCAACAAUGAAAAACAUACAACUAUUCUUAAUCGACAAAAUGGUGCAAAAAGGGCGGCAACUGUUGAGAAAUCCAUGACCCUGAGAGAAUGCAUUUUGGGGUUCCGCAAAGCUGUCGCCAUGUCUCUAACUCUCUCUCUUGCCUGCGCCAUAGUAGGCUACGGCCUCGUUCUGCUUGCGAGCUUCGUCACUUUGCCAGUCUUUCGACGCGACUUCGCCUGCCCUGGAGCUUCCCUCACCGAGGUAUGCCAGAUUCCAGCAUCGUGGCAAUCCGCCGUAAUCUUUGGCCCUAUGGCUGGACAAAUCAUGGGUUUAUUCUUAUCCGGCUGGGUUGUGGAGAAGUUUGGCUACAAAAAGACGAUAUUAGCAGCUCUGUCCUUGCUGUCAGGGUUCACCUUCGUUACAUUCUUUGCGAAGUCGCUGCCUAUAUUUCUAGUCGGCUCGUUGCUUUGUGGUAUCCCCUGGGGUAUUUUUCAAACCAUUACGACAAACUAUGCUUCCGAUAUUUGUCCAACUGCGAUCCGAGGAUAUGUUACUGCUUGGACCAACGUUUGCUGGAUUAUUGGACAAUUGGGUGCAUCCAUUGUCUUACAGGUUCUAGUGAAAAAUUCGACGGAGCUAUCGUAUAAGCUUCCACUUGGUCUGCAAUGGGCAUUCCCACUCCCGCUUUUCGUCCUUGCUAUCAUCGCACAAGAGUCACCAUGGUGGCUUGUACGCCACAAUAAGAUGGAAGAGGCAAGACUAGCUCUGAGCAAACUUGUUAGCAAGAAAUAUAUCCCCGCGGGAUACUCAGUUGACGACCACCUCGAUUUAAUAAUAGAGACAAACCAGAACAACAUCAACAGCUCGGAUAAUGGUGUAGGAUAUAUUGAUUGUUUCCGGCGUGGGAAUCUUCGGCGCACCGAGAUUACUUUUGUUUUCUGGACGAUUCAAAACGCAUGUGGCACUGCCCUCAUGCAAUGGUCUGCCUACUUCUUUGUCGAAGCGGGCCUUACCCAGGAAAAGGCUUUCAUGAUGCAAAUUAUGCAGUACGUCGUUGGUUUUGUUGGUUUCUGCGGAAGCUGGGCCUUUAUUGGGCUCUACGGCCGUCGAACCAUUGAGCUUACAGGCCUUGCCUUGCUCUGCUUGGUUCUUUGCAGUGUGGGCACGGUAGCCUCUGUCCAAAUCUCUAUAGAGACGUCGGGCUGGGUUAAGAGCGGCCUGCUCCUCGCCUUCACCUUUGUAUACGGAUCCAGCGUCGGACCUAUAACUUACACGGCUGUCUCUGAGAUCUCUUCAACGCGUUUAAGAUCCAAAACGAUGAACAUUGGAUGCAUUGGAUACUUAUCCUUUGGUGUCUUUAACAGCAUCAUUACUCCCUUCCAGCUUAACGCCACUGCCUGGAACUGGGGAGCUAAGACAGCUUGGUUUUGGGGGGGAUCGUGCUUCCUUUGCUACAUAUAUGUUUACUUCCGAGUUCCAGAGCUGAAGGGCCGCACAUUUGGAGAGAUAGACUGGCUGUUCGCCAACGGCAUUAGCGCGAGAAACUUUGCUAAGACGACUGUGCCACUAUUCGAAAUUGGCGAAGCUGGGAUUGUCCAACAGUCCCAAGAUGCAGACAGCGUGGAUUCGGCGCCACACCUCCCAUCUCCAGUUCGAGUUGCACCUUCGAGUGCCGAGGUUUAAUUUUUUGUGGGGAUUUUGAUUUUAUUUUCAUGAUAAACCUUAAACCUUUCUUCUGGCUCAUCAGCCAAAUCCAAAAUAUGGGGCCGCGGACUCUGAGCAGCCAUGGACUAAAUGGGCAGUGGAAAAGUUAUAAGUGGACGAUUUUCAGCAACGGCCGCACUGUACGUCUGUUGAGCUAUAGUAUUUUGUUUUAAUUAUAGUUAUACGACACAAAUUUUAGUUGCUAGUGUGUAUGGUUAAGCAUGGCGGUUUUUGUUUAUCUUUUGAGUCUAUGGUUGUAUGUAGGAG